AUGGCGCUGCGAGGUGUCCACGAGGGCCCCGACCCGCGGCGCCGCGCCGCUCGGAAACGGGGCCGGGAGGGCGUGGUGGGUAGAAAGGGGGUUGAGGAAGACGGGGACCGGGACGGAGAGGAGGAGGAGGACGACGGGGAGCAGGCCGCGCACAAGCCCAGCGACGCCCCCGAGCGCGAGGGCCUGCGCACCGCCAACCGCGUCUUCGUCGCCGAGAACGUCACGCUCAGGGAGUGCGUCAAGGAGCUGCUGGGCGCGGACCAGGAGUCGCUGGCGGUGGCGGCGGACCCGGAGGCGGCGGCGGCGCGCGUCAACGCGUGGGUGUCGGAGCAGACGGCCGGCCACAUCAAGCAGCUGGUGCCGGCGCUGCGGCCCGACGCGCAGCUGGUGCUGGUGAACGCCGCCUUCUUCCGCGGCGCGUGGGCGUCGCGCUUCCCGCGCAACCGCUCGGCGCUCGCCGUCUUCCACUCGGCGCCCGACCGGCGCGCCCUCGGGCGCGGCGCCGAGGGCGGCGCGGGCGGCGUGGAGCUGGGCGUGGACGCCCUGCUGCGACGCCUCGACGCCCCCGCGCUCGCAGAGCUGCUGCGCGACCUGGACGGCGCCGCGCAGACCGUCGAGGUGCACGUGCCGCGCCUCGCUCUCGACGCCGACAUCGACCUCGUGCCCGCGCGGAGUCGAGGGCCUGUGAGUACGGGCGCGAAGCACGGCGCGCUGUGGGCUCCAGCCGGGGCAUUCCAUAUCGCGCUGCUGCCUGCGGCCGCGCUGACGUCACGCCUCGUGUCUCGAUCUUCCGCGCCCCGGCCCGCCGCUCCGCCCGCCCCACGCCUGUUUGACGCACCUGGCGCCGGCUCUCGCGGGGGCCGAGGCUUCCACAGACAGGCAAGCCUGCGGAGAGUCAUCUGCGCCUUUCGCAGAGGAGUAGUAGGUGGAUGGCACGUCACAAAUCGUCAGCAUGACAAGGCUGCCAUCAACGAGAUGGAAAUCUGUUAUUCCAGCUCGUUGGUUGCCGUGAAUGGCACCGGCUAUUUUCAGUACCCGUUCGCUCAAAAGGAUGUCGUCUGA